UAUCAGUGUGUAACUAUGUUUAUCUAUUUUUGCAGGCUGAUAUUCGGUGGUACAAUUCCACACUUUUUCUUCAACUUUCUAGAGAAGAAUGUACCUGGAGACAGCAAGAUUGGUGCUCUAAAACAGUUCCUGAUAGAAAGGUUGAUCUAUGCACCGCUCUACCAAGCAUUCAGCCUUUACGCUUUGGCCAGAUUUGAGGGAAAACCUCAUGAUGAUGCAGUGAACAACAUGUCUAAGUUAUAUUUUCCAGUCUUGAAAGCGAACUGGUACUACCUAUCACUAUUCCAAUACAUCAAUUUCCGCAUGGUACCACCAAUGGUAAGUGUCACGGUUAAUAUUAUCAUAGAGAAACAAUAG